AUUGGUAUCACCGCCAUGCACAUGCAACUUCUCCCCAAUGAUCGCGUACUCAUCUACGAUCGUACGGACUUCGGAGAAUCCAACAUCUCUCUCGCCGACGGCAAAUGCCGGAGGGAUCCGAACGACAACGUCUUGAAGAAAGACUGCACUGCUCAUUCCGUUGAAUACGACGUCGCUUCCAAUACUAUUCGUCCACUUAUGGUUCUCACCGACGUCUGGUGUUCUUCCGGUGCUUUAAUGCCUGACGCCACCGUCGUCCAGACCGGCGGAUUCAAUGACGGUGAUCAUGUCGUUAGAGUUUUUAACUCCUGUGAUACUUGUGAUUGGGAAGAACUCAAAUCGGGGUUGAUUAAACGGAGAUGGUAUGCUACUAAUCAUAUUCUCCCCGGUGGCCGGCAGAUUAUCAUCGGUGGUCGCCGGCAAUUUAACUACGAGUUCUUCCCGAAAAUUUCGUCGUCGGAAAAAGCUUACAGUUUGCCGUUUUUAGUUCAGACGAAUGAUCCAAAACUCGAAAACAAUUUAUACCCAUUUGUGUUCUUGAAUCCUGACGGAAAAUUGUUUAUUUUUGCAAACAAUCGAGCAAUUUUAUUUGAUUAUUCAAGGAACAAAGUGGUGAAAACUUUUCCGAUGAUUCCCGGCGGUGAGCCGAGAAAUUAUCCGAGCACAGGCUCCGGCGUACUACUUCCAUUGCGGAUUGUACAAGGGACUGUAUCAGUGGUUGAGGUCUUGGUUUGUGGUGGUGCACCCAAAGGAGCAUUUGUGAAUGCCCAAAAUGGAAAGUUUAAUGAUGCUUUGAAUACUUGCGGCAGGAUCCGAAUAUCCGACCCGAAUCCACAAUGGGUCAUGGAGACAAUGCCUUUGGCUCGUGUAAUGGGUGACAUGUUGCUGCUACCAAACGGUGACGUCUUGAUCAUUAAUGGCGGAUCCUCGGGUACCGCCGGAUGGGAAUACGGGCGAAACCCGGUUCUUAACCCGGUUUUAUACAAACCCGAUUGCCAACCUGAUGUUCGGUUUGAAAUUCAAGAUCCGAGCACCAUUCCGCGAAUGUACCAUUCCACCGCGAUUUUGAUUCGCGACGGAAGGGUGCUCGUUGGCGGAAGCAACCCUCAUAUUUACUAUAAUUUCACAAACGUACUUUAUCCAACGGAACUGAGCCUCGAGGCGUUUUCACCACCGUAUUUGGAUCCACAAUUAUCCGAUUUACGACCCACGAUCAUCUUCCCCGAUCCCCAAACCCGAUUCGGAUACAGAGACCUUACAACGAUCCGGUUCACGGUUUCGGGCACACUCUUUCCACAUUUGGUCUCGGUGACUAUGGUGGCACCGUCUUUUAACACACACUCGUUUUCCAUGAAUCAACGGCUGUUGAUCCUCGAUAGUGGAAACGGCAUCAGGGCGGUCGGGAAUUCGAUGUACGAGGCGGUUGUGACCGCGCCGCCUUCCGGCAACAUUGCUCCGGCGGGAUAUUACCUUCUAUUUGUGGUUCACCGGCAAAUUCCAAGUGAAGGGAUAUGGGUUCAAAUUGGUUGA